CUGGCAGCGGAGUAGCGGACAACGGAGCUAGCUAGCGAAAUGGCGCCCAGGAGCCUUGCCCUCCUCGCCGCCCUCCUCGUCGUAGCCGCCGCCGCCGGCCAGGUGCGCGGUGGCAUGCCGGCGCCGGUGGGCGUGAGUCCCCUGGUUGGCUACGAAAUCAUCUACGGCAGAGUGCCGUGCCGCAACGGGAGCUUCAUCGACGGAAAUGCGGGCCCGCCGUUUCCCAACGCCACCGUGGAGCUGGUGUGCCGCGACGACCCCGCCGUCAGGGUGCUCAACAUGACGACGGACGCCGCCGGCCGCUUCGGCGUCUACACGGUCAAGAUCCCCAACAUCAACGUCGUGCUCCACGACGCGCUGCACCACUGGUGCAGGGUGGUGGUGAUCACCCCGCUGGCCGCCUGCGACGAGUCCCUGGCCGGCGUCGCCGGGAGGCUGACCGCGCCGCUGAAGCAGGCGUCGCCACGAGUGCCCAUCGGCCUCGGGCUCGGCUACACGCUCGUCUUCAUCGUCGGGCACUUCUCCGUAGUCUAGAUGAUGAUGGUACGGUCCUCGAUCGGCUGGAUCGGAGGUGCAUGCAGGCCGCGAACGCGACGGCAAUUAAGUAGCUACGAAUAAAUAAAUCAGCAUGAUGCAGCAAUAAUUCGAAGUAGUACAACCUUUGAAUUAUCACAUCUCAUCACAUGUACAAAGUACUUAAUAACAACCUAUCCGGCCGUACA